AUGUCUGACGUUGCCGAGACCAAGCCCGACCCCACCGUCGUCUCUGAGACCAAGCCCGAGGAGACCCCCUCCACCACCGGCGAGGGCGAGAAGUCUACCACUGAGGCUGCUGCCGAGACUGUCACCGAGACCGCUAAGGAGGCCGCGGACACCGCCAAGGAUGCUGCCGUGAAGACCUCUGACAGCGUCUUCUCCAUGUUCGGUGGCGGCCCAAAGAAGGAGAAGAAGGAAGAGCAGGCUGAGCCCACCGAUGAGCCCUCCGGCUCUUCCAAGGCCCAGAAGGCCGAUGACGAGGACGAGGUUGAGCAGUCCGCCGAUGUCCACUUCGAGCCCGUCAUCCACUUGACCGAGAAGGUGGAGACCAAGACCAACGAGGAGCUCGAGGAGCAGUCCUUCAAGAUGCGCGCCAAGCUCUUCAAGUUCGACCGCGAGUCUAAGGAGUGGAAGGAGCGUGGUACCGGUGAUGUGCGUCUGCUGAAGCACAAGGAGAACCAGAAGACUCGCCUUGUCAUGCGUCGUGAUAAGACCCUCAAGGUCUGCGCCAACCACUACAUUGUCCCCGAUAUGAAGCUCAGCGCCAACGUCGGCUCUGACCGCAGCUGGGUAUGGAACGCCGCUGCCGAUGUCUCUGAGGGCGAGCCCGAGGCCCAGACCCUGGCCAUCCGUUUCGCCAACAGCGAGAACGCCAACGCUUUCAAGGACGCUUUCGAGAAGGCCCAGGAAGAGAACGAGAAGCUCUUCAACGCUGAGGAGUAA